AUGGGCCGACGCAGCUUCAGUCGCAGCCCGAGCCGCGGGCGAGGCCGCGGAGGACGCGGACUCCGCCGAAGCUUCAGCCGCGAUCGCGGGCCGCGUGGCCGAGGGCGGAGCUAUAGCCGCAGCGUCAGCCGCAGUCGCAGCGACAGCCGAAGCAGCCGGUCGAGCUACAGCUCUCGGUCCAGCUCCGGGUCACGCUCGCGAUCGCGUGGCCGCAAGAGUCGCAGCCGCAGCAACGAAUCCAAGGGCCGCAAGAGCCGUAGCCCAAGCCCCGACGACGGGGCCUCGCUGCACGUGGCGAACCUCACCCGGAACGUCAACCCGGACCACUUGUCGGAGAUCUUUGGCAAGUUUGGCACGGUUCAAAAUGUAAACCUGGAGACGGACAAGGUCUCGCGCUUGUCCAAGGGUUUCGCCUACAUUCAGUUUGCCAAGCGCGCGGAGGCUGAGACAGCCCAGCUUCACAUGCACGAGGGACAGAUUGACGGCAACAAGAUCCAGGUCAACUUUGUCUUGGUCGAGCGCAAGUCGAACCGCAGUCCGUCGCGCUCGCCGAGCCGCAAGCCAAACGAUCGCCGGCGUCGGCCUUCCCCCUUUCGUCGGAGAUCGCCUCCGAACAACCGCCGCGGCAACUCGCCCUUGCGUCGACGGUACGUUGAUUAA